UCCUGUUAUGAAUGUGAACUGAUACGCUUCGGGUGCCGCAUAGUUCUUGCAAACAGGUUACAAAUGAUUAUUAUUAAAAUGCAUUGGAUAGGUGUUUAAUUGGCAACAGCAGGUUUUUUACAGGCUUAAGUUUGACAACCUUAGGAACAAACAAGAAGAGGUUAUCGUAGAGCUAAAGCACGUCCCCACACAGCAAAGACAUUCUGAGGGCGUGUGAGCGUCCUUCUAUUUCACAAGCCUAAAGCUAGAAUUGCUUUUCCACUGAGCAAUCCAGACCUGAGGGGGAGCUGACACCUGAAGACUAGAAGCAGGGCACACUUAGACACAGAGCAGCUGCUUCAACAAGUUUUGAAAAGUUCAGACCCUCUCAAAACAAGUGGAUACCAAUUGGAAAACAAAGACUGCCUUUACUUGUUUAUAUCCAAGGGAAGUGUUGGAGCUCAGUUGAGACCUAUCUACAAAUGAUGUCUUCUAACGUGUCAGAUGUUCAUGAAUACUAUGAUUAUGCAGACUUGUACAGCAACAAGCCUGCACGGGCGACUGUGCCCCCAGAAGAAAUUAUCUUGCCAUGUUUCCCCACUGCAUCUGACAAGCUCUACCAUACCUGUAUCUCUGCUCUGUCUCUUGUUGUUCUCUUGAUUCUUGCUGCCUUUACAAAACGCAAGAGGAUGUGUCAAGGCUUUUUGAAAGGGGUUCCAGGGUUACUCAGCCCAGUGAACUUCCUCGAUCACACCCAGCACAAGGGUCUUGCCGGGACUGUCUUUGGGGUACUCUUCUGCAGGCUGGUUGUAGUCGUCCUGGCUAAGAACCCCCUGCCUUUCACAGAGGACCCUGCACCUGAGAACAAAGAGUACUGGAAGAUCCUGGCCCUCUUCUACUACCCUGCUCUUUAUUACCCCCUGCUGGCCUGCGGUACUCUCCACAGUCGCGUGGGUUACGUCCUGGGGAGCCUGCUGUCCUGGACUCACUUCAGUGUCCUGGUCUGGCAGAAAGUGGACUGUCCUCAGACGCCAGAGAUCUAUAAAUUUUACUCUCUGCUGUCCAGUCUUCCACAGAUCGUCUGCCUGGCCUUCCUCAGUUUCCAGUACCCUCUGCUGCUGUUUAAGAAUUCAGGGAGUGACGGGCAAACUAACACCAGCGAGGACCUGCACAGCAGCUAUUACAAGGAGUAUGUGCAGAAAAUCCUCAGGAAAAAAGUCACCAAAAGCAGUUCCAGCACUUCUAAACCCACGACACCUUCAAGAAUCUCUGCUGCCCUGCAAUCUUAUAUCUACGCUCCAGAGGACGGUUUCAGAUUUCCUUUGAAGCUGGCUAUCUCUGCCGUGGUAUCGAUUAUUUCAGUGUAUCAGGUGAUGCUGUUGCUGGUGUUGAUGGUGAUUCCCACCCUGCAGAAAGUGCGUGCGGGAGUGAAUGAGGACAUUGCCUUCCUCCUGGCUGGCUUUAACAUCAUCCUGUCAGAGAACCGGGCCGAGGUGGUUGAGAUUGUCAAAAAAUAUCUCUGGACGGUGGAAGUGUGCUACAUCUCCAGUGUCGCUCUGUCUGGUCUUGUAACCUUGGUGAUGCUCAUGAGGUCCAUGGUUUUGCACAGAUCUAACCUGAAAGGUCUGUACCGAGGGGACAUUUACAGUGUCUACAAUCGCAAGAGGAGCAUCCAACCGUCCCGGCCUGCCAUCGUCUGCUGGAUGGGUUUCACAAGCUACCAGGCUGCACUUGUCUGUAUAGCCCUGUUUAUUCAGGCACUCGUUUUCUUUAUCUGUAUCCUGUGGUUCGUGUUCCUGAUCCUGAUCCCCGUGCUGUAUGGCCAAAACCUCAUCCUCUUCCAAAUAUUCAAGAUCAUGUGGCCCUUCUGGCUGAUGCUGUGUUUAGUUGUGAUUAUUCAGCAUGGGAUGGCCAAGUUUGCCUUCCUUAAAAAGGAUGCCGGGAUGAGAGACUUGGACAACAGACAGGGGCUGUUUCUGCUCACCUACCUGCUAUUUCCUGUCAAUAUUCUGGUGGGGGUUCUCUUGGGGGCGUGGAGGAUUGUGAUCACUGGCCUCUUCAACAUCAUUCACCUGGGCCGGCUGGACAUCAGCCUGCUAAACCGGGGUGUGGAGUCCUUCGACCCAGGCUACCGCUGUUACGUUCAUUAUUUGAAGAUUGAGGUGAGCCAGUCCCACCCUGUGAUGAAAGCUUUCUGCAGCGUGCUGCUCCAGCCUCCAGCCUCCGAGGGCACUGCGGGACAGAAAAUGAGCGUCGUGGAGGAAGGGAUUCAUCUGGUGCAGCAAGACAAGAAGCAGAAGAAGAUCUCCAGUUCCAGGAGGGUUCGAGGGAGGUGGUGGCUCGUCUAUACCCUGGUCAACAACCCCUCGCUGGUGGCGUCACGAAAGCGCUUCCAGGUGCGGAGCUCCGAGGACUUUCUGAACGGGACACUGAACAGGACCUCAAAGGGAAGCGUCUCCGAACCCGAGAAAACAGACCCAAAAUUAAAUGACAUGUGAAACACUGAGAAGAAAAGAAUAUUGAAAUAGCUGCACUUAUGAAAAAAAAAAAAUAUAUAUAUAUAAAUAAAUCAAAUACAUUUGCAGUGCACUUAAAAUAUAUAUAUAUUUUAAGUGCACUGCAAAUGUAUUUGAUUUAUUUAUAUUUUAAGGUCAAUUUGGUCUUCAAAGUUAUUUUGUUUCGAGGGCAAGAUAAUAUUACUUUGUUGAUCUGCUUAUUUAAAAAAAAAAAAAAUUCUAUUACUUUAAAGUACAUAUUUUAUCAAAUGGCCCAAAAGCAGCGACUAGUGUAUUGAAAUGACUUUAGUGUUGCAGUAUAUCAGUUGGUGUCAUGGGCACCACACUAUUAACCAACAAAAAGGUGAGAUGGCUUGAAAGGUAUGUGUAUACAAAUUCUCAGUUUCGGAAGGGACAUCAUUAGUUGACAUGUUUUUUUUCCAAUCACUAACUCACAGUAGCAGAAGGGUAAAAUUACAGUUGCAUUCCCCAAGUGGUAAUUUCUAAAAACCACCACACUUCAGAAAUUCAGCUUUAAGAAGUGGUGGAAAAUUGUACUAGUUAGUAAUUAUGAUGAACUAAUCAGAAACAACAUUAAAGAAUACAGAGAAAACACAUAACUAAGAAAUGUCAAUUAUAAAUCUCAUGUAAGAAAAUGUAGAUGGAAUAUACGUAUCCUAGACAUAUUGCUUUUCAGGAUGGGAUGCCUUCAUGUUAGUAUGUUGCCAGGGGUGUUCUUUAGCCAUUUGCAGUAUUCGAGGGUAAAGAAAAUUGCCUACACCUGAAUACCUAUAGAGGCCCAUAGUUAUUAACACACAUUGACACCACAGGUCUAUUUUAAUAACGUAAACCGGGGUGAAUCUAAAUGCAGCCGCUCUUUACCUCUAUAUUAAACCAGCUUGUGCUUUCCUCCAGGGGCGAUUUAUUGAGCACCAUUAUUGACAUCACUACCCACAACAACAAUAUAGUGGGAAGAGGUUAAAUAUCAUUUGAGGGUGGUGGUAUUAAAAUCUUUACUGUUUUAGAUUAUAAAAAUACCUCCACCCCCAUGAUUUCACUUAAUUGAUGAUAUAUCUGCAUUAUACUGUAGAAUAUAGUGAAAUAUGGGUCCUGUGAAUUAAAUACCUAACGUUAAAUAGUACAGAAAAAAGUCAUACACCUUUAUUAUAAUUUAAAAUUACCUUUCGAUUUAUCGCAGCAUCUAGACAGCUUGUCAUAGUACUGUACGCACAAAAUUUUUGCACAAGCCUGUGAGAUAUCAUUUGCCACUCUUCUCAACUAAUAUGUUUCAAGGGCUCAAUAUAUGAAAAUGUCUGCAUUUCACCACCCUGUUUCAUGCAAUCCAGCAAUGAUUAACUGAACUGGAGAUGGAUGAGCUGUGCUAUCAACACAAACCUUGACGUUCAAACAUAUUGAAUCAUUAAUUGCAUGCUAGUCACUGAUGUAAUAUACUAAUCUAUAGAGUCAGUACUUUUUUGAACAGCACUGCAGAUAGUCUGGACUGGUGUCUGUGGUGUAAACAUCAUGGGUAUCUGCAUGUGCAGUUGGUGUUAUUGCAAUGAUACUAGCGAUUUUCAAAAGGGUAGUCCAUAAGCAAACAGGGACCGUAGCCCACAAUCAUGCACAAUAGGAGCAAUCUUAAUAAUAUGAAGAAUGCAUUACUUCCGUGUUUGAUUGUCAGAGAGCACUUAAAAUAAAAGCCGCACUCAUAAGCUGGCGGUGUAAUUAUGCUGUCUGCUUUGAAUUAGCAUUUUUAGGAAAUUGUUAUUCAGUUCAAUGAAUCAGACAGACUCUGGUGGCAUUGUUAGAAAUGUUAGACAUGCUGUUUAGUCUUGAAUUAUACCAGCUAGGUCCUCUGAUUUAAUAAGUUAUUGUUCAACGUUUCUAACACAAACCAAGAGUCUAAUGUCUCAAAACAAGAACACAAAAUGCUACAAUGUCAAGGGUAAACACCAAAGGAGCAUUGAAAUGAUAAGACUAAAAUGGCAAUGAGUUAUUUUAACAUAACAAAGAGAGCAAAAAUAAACCACGUAAUGCUAUAAAUAUUGAGGAGGGCUAUAUACUUUACCUGUUAUUGUACCUUUAUUGGUGACAGAGCACUCCAUUUCAUUUCUUCCAUAGUAACACAUAAACUAAAUCUGGACAUAAUGGUAGCCCAGUUAUCAAGAGAUUUGGGAAAAUAGGCCUGCGUUCUCUGGAACCUGGGUUUGUCGGUAAACCUUGCUGGUGUUGAGUAAUAAAACACAUGCAUUAAUACAUUGCAUACUGCUGUGACAUGCUGCAUCUGGGUUCCUGUGUACCUGCUGGAUUGCAAUGGAGUAUUCGCGUAACCCAUAUUCUUAACUUCCCAGACAAGAUAGUAGUAAGCCGUUUGUACAACGUCUCGUAUUGCGUCAUCUCGUGUAAUUUGGGCAAGAGAACGGCUAAAGCGAAGCAGCAAGUGUUUGAUUGGUUUGAGUUUGCGUACGUUAUAAUGUAAUGCCAAAUUCAAAAUUGUCAACACAGUGUUGGUGUUCAUUUGAAUUAUUUGAGCGGCAAAAAAAAAGCUUGCUAAAAUACACUUUAGGGUGUUAUUAAUACUAAAAUGUAUUUUAAAACUAUUGCGUAAGAUUGUUGUUUUAUUAAAUCUUCGAUUUUCAGUGUAUAGGUAGAAUUUCCAAGAGCUUUGAACAAGGGUCCGAUUCAUAAGAUACUGUAAUAUCCUGGAAAAUAUUCUGUUUGCAAACAGGACUGUAUAUGGAAUCUAAAACUGGAGAAUGUUAGAUCACUUUUUCUUCAAACAGGUAUUUUCAAAAAUAUCUGUGUCACUAGCACUACCGCGUAUUAAUAUUUAAAGCAUUUUUUAUUUCUUAAUAUUGUUAGUUUUUGGACUGGUGGAAUAUUAUAUUGUUUUGCCCUUUAUCAAUUUAAAGCUUAUAUUUCCUGGAUAGCAUGCAUUCAGUGAAAUAGGGCGGGGUAGUCUUUACUGAAUUAGAUUAACACGUUUGUAUUUAAGGAGAAGUGCGGGUAUUAGUUUUAAUAUAUAGAUAACAUGUAAUCAAAUGAAACUUUAUAGUAUUCAUUUAGAUAGUUUUCCUGUAUGCCCGACAAUAGGCUACGAUCAAAACUGAACUGAAUUGAAAAUAUAAACAUUUGGAAAAAGUGGAUCUAAAAUUCAAAAAGUGAGCUAUAGAAAACGAUUACAUUUGUUAAGACACAGUAAAGAAAAAAAAUUGUAGCAGUUUAUUAUUUUACAAAUACGUUUCAUUAUUCUUCAUAACAAAGUAAUCGGCCUACAGAAUCUUAAAAUACUUUAAACUGCUGCAGAUAUGACAUAAUAUUAUCCAAUGCAUAGAGAAUUCAGCACAAGUGUUAAAAUAAACAUUACUAUAAGUUUUUUUUUUUUUUUUCUGUAACAUAUAGGCUUCUAUAUGAAGACAAGAGCAAUGCUGUGAGAAAUGGUGUAGUGUUUUUUUUUUUUCUUUCUUUAGGCUUUAUAAAUAUACAAGAUCGUACCGAAAAUGUUUUCGCUUGCAACAUUGGAUUAUCAAUACUGGUUUCGUUUCAUACUUGUAUGUAUUUAAAAUGAAGACGCUAUGCUUUUCUAAAGAAAAAAAAACUGAUUGUAUGUAUUCCAGAUUCUAAGUAUUAUAUA